CGUGUGCUAAGAUCUUGAAAUCGAUUUCAAGUCUUCUUCUUCUUCUUCAGCUCUAAUCUUCUUUAAGCCAUGGCUAAUCGCUAUGAUCGGAAUCCAUUCGCCGAGGAAGAAGAAGUCAAUCCUUUCGCUAAUCCUGGGAGUGUUCCAGCAGCAUCGAACUCAAGACUCUCGCCUUUACCUCCAGAGCCUGUUGGUUUCGAUUAUGGUCGAACUGUUGACAUUCCUCUUGACAAUGACAGAUCCGCUACACAGAAUUUAAAGAAGAAAGAAAAGGAACUUCAAGCCAAAGAAGCUGACCUAAGACGACGGGAGCAGGAAGUGAAACGGAAAGAAGAUGCUGCUGCACGAGCUGGAAUUACUAUUGAGGUGAAAAACUGGCCACCUUUCUUCCCACUUAUCCACCAUGACAUUGCCAAUGAAAUCCCUGUUCAUCUCCAAAGGCUUCAGUAUGUCACCUUUGCUACCUACUUGGGGUUGGUCCUUUGUCUAUUCUGGAAUAUCAUUGCUAUCACUACAGCUUGGAUAAAAGGAGAAGGAGUGACGAUAUGGCUUCUUGCCCUUAUUUACUUCAUAGCGGGUGUCCCAGGAGGCUAUGUGCUAUGGUAUCGUCCUCUUUACCGUGCCUUCAGAACUGAUAGUGCAUUGAGCUUUGGAUGGUUUUUCAUGUUCUAUAUGCUCCACAUUGCUUUCUGUGUCUUUGCUGCGGUUGCUCCACCUGUUGUCUUCAAAGGAAAAUCUCUUGCUGGGAUCUUACCUGCAGUUGAUGUCUUAAGCGGUAAUACAUUGGUUGGGAUAUUCUACUUCAUUGGGUUUGGGUUUUUCUGCCUUGAAUCAGUGGUCAGCAUCUGGGUUAUUCAGGUCUCUCUCUUCAACCCACAUCACUAUAUUUUCAGUUUGCUGAACAUAGUGUUUAUAACUUCUAAAUCUCUUUUUCUGACAAUCGAUUUUGGUAUGGUUUUGUGUUUUUGUUUGAGUAGCAAGUGUAUAUGUACUUCCGAGGCAGCGGGAAACAAGAUGAGCUGAGACGAGAAGCAGCGAGAGGUGCCCUAAGAGCUGCCGUAUGAGCUCUCUGUAAUAUUUUGGUUCGUACGUAAUCUUCACUGUUUCUUUCUUUUGUCAGAUUUUCUCUCCCUCUUCUUUCUUGUUUUGUAACUUGUAAGCAAAAACAAAUUCGAAUUUUCUUUAUACUUUGUCAUGUAAAUCUGUGUUUGUUUAAAAAGUCAGAGUUCAAGUUUAUACCCUUUUGGAAAUCAUUCAUGGAUUAUUUAAUCUUUCUAAGAAC